AAAAUAUUUAAUUCGGCAAUAACGGUGCGAGCCCGUACUUCCUGGCGCGCAUAGUAUGCGAUACCAAAGUACCGUUUGGACUAAUUGAACUCGAUUGAAAAUUUAUGAAAGAUAUAAAGAUGAGAGGAUCGAGAUCAAAAGAGAAAGUUUCUCAAAAGAAUCAAAAUYCACCAAUCAGAAUAUUUUGAUUGUACCAAACAGCCAAUCAKAUCAAAGGUAUGUAAAGUCAAUGAUGCAUGGCCUUUCAUUCUGAGUUGGCGCCAUUUUGAAUAUUAGCUGUGCAUGGGAUAACUUGUUGAACAUUUUCUACUUAAUAAUAAGAAACAACGCUAUCAGGCAGCGCAUUCUAACCUAAUGGAGUCUGAUGCAGGAUAUUUGUCGGAGCUCCUUGCAGAGAAGGACAGUUUAGACCCKUCCUUUGUGCACGGUAUGCGUCUGUUAACAAGAGAAAUAAACAGAAUCCAGGCUGGUGAAAGUCCUGUACCCUCAGGUUUGAAAGUGAAAGUUGACGAUGAAGAAAAUCUUAAUGGAUCUCAACCAAGCGAUGYCAGUGAAGGAGAUGUUCAAGAAGGAACACAUAACACUGGUCAACUAGAACCACGACGGCAACCUAGAGACCAUAUUCGCCAACGACGUUUUCCAGUGGAGGAAAACAAACUAUACAAGCCAGUCAAACUAUUAGAAAAAGUUUAUAUACCUGCAAAAGAACACCCUAAGUUCAACUUUGUAGGAAAGUUACUUGGGCCAAGAGGCAAUACRUUCAAAAGGCUACAAAACUCAACUGGUACAAAGAUGUCAAUAUUAGGAAAAGGAUCUAUGMGAGAUAAGGAAAAGGAGGAAGAACUAAAAAGUAAAGGAGAGCCAAAGUAUGAGCACCUUAAUGAUGAUCUCCACGUUCUUAUUGAAGUUGAAGCACCUCCUGGACAAGCUCAUGCAAGGCUAGGCAUUGCUAUAGAAGAACUUAAAAAAUAUCUUGUUCCCGAUACUUACGAUCCAGCCUAUGCAUAUGAGGCAGCCUAUGCAGAGCCUGAUGAGGGUGCAUUUUACGAAUAUGGAAGAGGUGUUACACCAGAAAUAUUUGAAACAGCUUAUCCUGCACCUGGUCGUCUUCCCACCAGCAUGGCAGCCAACUACAAGACUCCAUCGCAUCGUCCUACAAAGAAAAUAAUUCGUGAAGCUACAUACCCUUAUUGAAAUGUUCUCUAUUGAUUGACUUCUAGAGGAUAAUAGUGUUGCUUCUUAAAGGGAUUGAGUCUCACAUUUUGAUGUUUACUACCCUUAUGUUGCUAGAGCAACCAAAGUGAUUUAGUUUAUUUUUUUCUAUGUUUUUGUAUCCAAUUUGUACUCAUUUUGUAACAAGUUGAUAUACUAAAGGGUUUACUUUUUACUUCUUAAUAACUGUUCUCCUUAAAUUUAGCAGUGUCUGGGUUAAAGCAUCCUAAAAUUGCUUUAAAGUUGCUAAAAGAUCUGAAUAAAUUCUCCUCAACUCAAAAAAUACCCUCUUUUUAAACCUCGAUUUAAGCAUUAAACUGAUAUUCUAAGGUCUAAACUAAAUGCAUAAUGAUAUAACUGAUCUCAUUCAUAUUUCAUUGCAUAUAUCUUUCAUUUGUUUCCUUCCAACUGUUCUUUCAGAUGAUGACUUGUUGAAUUAUAAAAUAUCUAUAAAAUCAAACUUUAGGUAUCAUUUAAAAACAUUAACAAACCCUCAUUAUCCUUUAAAAUGUGAACUAUUUAAAACAUUUUAAAUAUUUUGUCUUUGCUAAACAUCCUUUAUUGCUGUCUAUUCCUAAAACAAUAUUGUAACUAAAAUUGAAUGAGUUUUGUAGGAGCGUGAGCAGUAUAAAUUGUUGGCCUUGUCAUAUGUAAUAAAAAACAUUAAACAUACUUGUUCUCAUUUAAAUCAUCUUUACUUUCCUAACUGUGUAUAUCAGUUUUAACUAAACAUCCYUUCAAGCUGAGAAGUGUUUUUAAAAUCAUUCUCCCAAAUGUUCUAAAGAAAAAUCCCUCCUCUGCUCUUUUGUGUAGGAUUCAUAYGGAGGACGUGUUUACCAAAYAAAUAGACCUCCUCWGCUAGUUUGGGCAAUGUUUGCCCCAAUUCAGAUCUCUUGGGAAYGUAAUUCUUUCAUUUACCAUUAACACGGAUGGCAGUAAAACAAAGRAUUCCACACACAAGGGGUUUGAAAUGAGACAAACGUUGCCUAAGCCAAUAAUGUCUAUUGUUACUUAUGUAGUUSUACAGAAUUUCUGAGGAGGGAACUUUUCUUAGAUUGUUGGAGACAAAACUUAACAAAACUUAAAACUUAACACAAAAAUGUGUGAUUUAUGUUUAAAAUUGGUUAAAUUUCAAUGGUUAUUGGUUGAUUCCUAAUAAAUCAAUAAAGAAAUAAACUCUACACAGCCAAAAACAACAUGAAAAUAUAAGGAGAUGCCAUACAAGGCAGCACUACAACAGUACAAAAGUAACCCAAAAAUACCCAAAUAGCGUUUUUUUGUAAAUAACUCAAGAAAUKUUUUAGUUGCUAUUUUUGUACCAAAGAAUUUCAUAUUUUUGACAAACUUACAGAUUAAAUAUUUUGUAAGUAUUUUUGAUGRACAUUGUUAUAAUCACAAACAUGGAAAUGUUUUCCAUUUAACUACAUGUAUAACCUAUUUGUUAGUUGUUUGUUUAAUAAAAAGCAUUUUUUGCGACUAUUUUUAAAUA